AUGUCGCAGUCACAUUCGGAGCUUCGCCGUCAAGGCAAGCACGAAAAGGCUCGAACCAAGAUGAUGGAGGAGUUCGAGCGUCAGAAGGCCGACCUUGCCAAAGAAUCCGAGCGCAACCGUACCAGCUCGGAUCGCUUUGUGGGUAAGAAUGACUCGAUGGAGGAUGCGCUCAAGAAGUCGACUGUUGGUCUUGUGCAUCUUGAGGACUUUCAGAAGCUGCGAUCCGAACUCGAAGAGGAAAAGCGGAGAGAAGCAGCACGCACCAACGAGCUCAGAAGUGAAGAAAAGGUCGCCAAGAAGAACAAGAAGGUCAAGAAGGAGCGCGCAAAGCUGUCGUUCGCAUUCGACGAAGACGAAGACGCUGCCGCAGGGCCAUCGAUAUCGAAAGCGGAGACGAACGUCAAGCGCAAGAGGAGAUCGGACGACAACGCGGCCAACGGUGACAGCCUCGAUGAUAUCGACAAAGACUCGCAGCCCAUCACCAAAAAAACAAGUCUCAAGAACCCCAAUGUCGACACGUCGUUCCUGCCAGACAGAGACCGCGAAGAGGCAGAGCGUCGCAUGCGCGAAGAGUUGCGCCAGGAAUGGCUUCGCAAGCAAGAAGAGAUGAAGAAGGAGGAAGUCGAGAUCACCUAUUCGUACUGGGACGGCACGGGCCAUCGAAAGACUGUCAUGUGCAAGAAGGGAGACACUAUCGCCCACUUUUUGGAACGAUGUCGACAGCAGGUGUCCGAGCUGCGCGGAGUCUCGGUGGAUAGCAUGAUGUAUAUCAAGGAGGAUCUGAUCAUCCCUCACCACUAUAGCUUCUACGACUUCAUCGUUAACAAGGCAAGAGGCAAGUCGGGUCCGCUGUUCAACUUUGACGUACACGACGAUAUCCGAUUGGUGGCCGAUGCAAGCGUCGAGAAGGACGAGUCUCACGCCGGCAAAGUGGUGGAACGAUCCUUCUACAACCGCAACAAGCACGUUUGGCCUUACAGUCGCUGGGAAGUCUAUGAUCCCAAGAAGGACUAUGGCAACUACACGAUCCAUGAUCGAAAGAAAUAG